AUUUUAUUACCUCUGUUUUAUUUCGCCAGCCAGUUCGUUCGACAUGCGUCGUCAUUUUUACACGAUGCUAUUAGGAGCCUUUGUGCUCGUAUCGGCUUUCGCGGAGGCUGAUUCCUUCAAUUCCAGUGGAGGUGAGGCAGAGACAAUGAUUGAAGAGGAAACUCAAACUCUUGUCGCUGGAGAAGGAACUCAAUCGGAAGCAACUGAAGAUCCAACCGCAUUUUUUGGGGGGGAGAGUGCUGGCAGGAGUAGCGCUGGAACAGGAGAAGGGACGUUUUUGGCCAGUGAUGAACCGAGUCCAACUGAAACUGAUGGGCAAGUUGAUACGAAUAUUCCUGCCGAAGAAACUCAACCCAGUGUAGGAGAGGAUUCUGUAAUUGAGACUGACCCACCUGCAUUAGAAAUUCAACCCAAGACGGACGUAGAUCAAGAGCCAACCGUCAGCCUAUCUCCCGAAGACGUUGGCUUCUUUGCAAUGAUCAGAUCGCUCUUCAGUGUUUUUGCUGAAUCGGUUAGUCCCAGCCCAGUGGAAGUUAACAGUCAACCACCAAGAACAGUCGGCAGGUAUUUUGUUUCUCAUGAUUCUGACGAAGGUAGCUUCGAAGAUGACAACCCUGACGAAAUGCCUCCACUGAUGCCUGUCCGGCUCGCCCGAAUCAAGCAGUUCGUUCGAGCCAACGCGGCCACUGGUCGUGUCAGAACGAGUUCUGACGAACAAGAAGACCAUCCCUUUGUAAUCGAAGCUACCAGGCAACAUGUCUUAGGAAGAAGCCCAACAACUGCACCGUCCAGCAGAAGUGGUCGUGUCAUCACCUAUUCUGAUGAACAUGAUGAUCAUUCUUAUGAACAAGACGUGUCUUUGGAAGUGGACGUUAGUUUACUGCCAGAGAUACGACGCUUUUUAGAACCAAACAUCGGCCAUGGAGAAUUAAUAAGCCAUUACGAAGAGUCUGAUGGCAGGGGAACGCGAGAAAUCUUAGGAAAUCCCAUGUUCCAACAAAAGGUGCAGGAAAUCGACAGUCGUUUGAAAAGGGCGUCUGGGGCGAACGGCCAGCGUCUAAUGGAGAAAUACGCUGAGGCUCUUGCAGUUUACUCGACUUCAUCCCUAAAUAUGGCGAGCACCUCUGCCACGGUUUCCUGUUUUCUUCCUUUCUUUAUCACCUGUCUUUUGGCUCGCAUUUCGUAGGUUGGGCGACAGUAGUUGUACAUUGCGUUCCAAGUUGGAAUGAAUCAUUUUCUCUCCCCGCCCAUUUGUUUUCUCUCUACACUAGUAUGAUCGUAAUAUUAAUAGUAUGCUGAAAUACAGGUCAACACAGCAAUAACUCCUCUUAGCUCCACAUUU